AUGUCUUUGGCAGUCUACACUCUGCUCAUCAUUCUCUGCAAUGUUUGGUGCUUGAUCCGUGGGGCUUCCGUGGUGGUGCCAGAUGUUGCUGUGAGAUGUGCUGAAGAAGCGCUGCUGCCCUGUAAAGCUCUUCGGGACUCCUCUGUCACCUACCAGGCAGUGUCUUGGUAUAAAAUGUCUGGAGAUGGUGAAGGAAUAGCAUGGAAAGUCCUUGAUGUGGAAUCUCAUUACCCAAAAGAACUCGGGGGGUCCCUGGAGCUCUCCAACGACACCUUCUUUUCACUGAGGAUUAAAAACACGACCAGGCGAAGCAGCGGGACGUAUAAGUGCACUUUGGGGGAACAGAGUGGAGAACGCAAUCUGAGCGGCACGGUCACGUUAGAAGUAACAGGUUGUCCUGGAACAGAAGAUGAAAAAUUAAAAAAAUACAAAGCCGAGCUUUUCAUGCUGACUUGCCUUGGGAUUUUUUACUUGCUGCUCAUCAUUUUUACCUGUACGUGUCUAAGAAAAGAGAGUAUGUCUCCCAAUAAUCAAAAAACCAGUCCAGAUAUGAAACACAUGCUCACCCUCAUCAACGUCCAUGAAAUGACAACUUUCCAGGAUUUAAAUGGCAAAAGCGCUUGCAAAAACGGGCUUACUUCAAGUUCUGUCUAA